UUUGUUUCUCCAAACCCUUGAAUCUCUCUGCGUAAUCUUCCACGUGUAUGUGAUUUGCAUCUCAGGGAUUCAUUCAUUCAUACAUUUGGUCGAAAGGGUCGGGUCUACGAUUCUUCUUUCCUUUUUCAACACUCCCCCAUGUGAUUUCUAAAAUCAUCAAAUGACCAGAAAAACCCACAUGGCUGCUCCUCAGGUUUCGAUCGCCAUUUCCUUACCUAUAACUUCCCACAAACCCUAUCUCCAAUAAAAGACUUAUCUUUACUCCAUUAACUUUACACAAUCUCUCUCUAGUUUGCUGACCCAGAUUACGUAGUUGGUGUUUCUGGUACUACCCCACCUCAUCUUUAAAGCUUGUAUCAUCAUAUCAUAUAUUGGGGAUCCAAAUUUUCAGCUCAAGUUUGGAUUCAACAGCUUUCUUCAUCAGAUUGGUAUUAAUUAAUUGGUGGGUGUAUCUUAGAAUUUGGAAUUGGAGGACUGCGAGAUCGAUCUGGGUAUUAUAUAGUCAACAUUUUUGGGUGACAAUACAGGGAUCAACGUUUUGGAUCCGGUCGGGAGUGUAACAGCGCCAUUAGAUGGCGCUGUUCAAACGCUUCUUUUAUCGUAAGCCGCCGGAUCGCCUCCUUGAGAUCUCCGAGAGGGUUUACGUUUUUGAUUGCUGCUUCUCAACUGAAGUACUGGAAGAAGAUGAGUACAAGAUCUACAUGGGUGGCAUUGUAGCUGAACUGCAGGAUUACUAUCCUGAUUCUUCUUUCAUGGUUUUUAACUUUAGAGAAGGUGACAAGAGGACCCAAAUUUCUGACAUAUUGUCUCAAUACGAUAUGACAGUCAUGGAGUAUCCUCGGCAAUAUGAAGGGUACCCAAUGUUACCAUUAGAGAUGAUCCAUCACUUUUUGCGAUCUAGUGAGAGCUGGUUGUCACUAGCAGGCCAACAGAAUGUGCUGUUGAUGCACUGUGAAAGGGGAGGGUGGCCAGUGCUUGCCUUUAUGCUUGCAGCUCUUCUUUUGUUCCGAAAGCAAUAUAAUGGUGAGCAGAAGACUCUUGAAAUGGUAUACAAGCAAGCUCCUAGGGAGCUUCUUCAUCUUUUAACACCUUUAAAUCCACAGCCUUCCCAGUUGAGGUAUCUUCAGUACAUAUCCAGGAGAAAUUUAGGUUCAGAUUGGCCACCCUCAGACACACCUCUAGCUUUGGACUGUAUCAUACUUCGAGUCCUUCCCGUAUAUGGUGAAAAGGGUUGUCGACCUGUAGUUCGUAUAUAUGGUCAGGAUUCAUCUUCAACAACAGCCAACAGGAGCUCUAAGCUUUUAUUUGCAUCCUCAAAAACCAAAAAACAGGCUCGCUACUAUCAAGCGGAAGAGUGUGAACUGGUGAAAAUAGAUAUUCAUCACCGUGUUCAAGGGGAUGUCGUUCUUGAAUGCAUACAUUUGGAUCAUGUGAGGGAGGAAAUAAUGUUCAGAGUAAUGUUCCACACAACAUUUGUAAGAGGCAGUGUACUUAUGUUGAGCCGGGAUGAAGUUGAUAUUAUGUGGGAUGCAAGGGACCAGAUCCCCAGAAACUUCAAGGCAGAGGUACUUUUUUCGGACGCUGAUGCUCUACCAUCCAUGAUCACCAAAGAAGGAGAAUUUGAAGAUGGGGAUGAGACAGAAAGUCCUACGCCUGAAGAGUUCUUUGAGGUAGAAGAGAUCUUCAGCAAUGCAGUUGAUGGGCAAGAUGCCAAAGCAGAACCUGAUACUCUUUUACUUAAAGACAACAAGCUGAAUGCUGAAAAUGGUGAUAUUGUUUUCAAGGAAGAAUCAGAACCUGAUGCAUUCCAAGACUAUGAAUCAGAUGAAGGGAACAAAAAACCUGAAACUAAGGUUUAUGCUAAUCUCCAGUCAGCAAAAGGUAACGAGUUGAGCCUCAGAAAUGGUGGUUUGAAGCUUACAGUGGCGGUUGCCAAUGAACCUGAUAAGACAGAUGCCCAUGAAGUAAAAGCGGAUGGCUUGUCAGAGGAGGUAAACGGUAAACAAGAUAAAGAAGAGAGUCCUGAGAAGAAGUCAGGAAAAGAUGAUUCACAGCAGAAGUUGAGUGGCAAUAUCACUCGAAAAAAUUCUGCCAAUUCAAAACUUAAUCCUGAUGGUGUUGCCAAGCAAAAAGCUAAGCCACAAGAAACUUCCACAACUCUAAGACUUGCAAAACCGAAUGUGGUAUCCCGGUGGAUCCCUCCUAAUAAAGGAUCUUACACCAACUCCGUACAUGUGUCAUAUCCGCCUUCACGAUAUAAUAGUGCUCCUCCUGUGCUAGCACAACCAAAGGAUCUUCAAUCAGGGGAGAAAAAGUCCCUUGAAGGUACCACAAAUAAAGCAGAGAAUGCAUCAAGAAAACAUACUUCUUCUCCAUCCUUGGAUGUGCAACCAGUUCAAGUGGCUGACUCUUCUCCUUUGAAAUCGUCUAUUCCGCAGAUUCCUUCACCUCCCUCAUCUGUUCGACGUUCUGGCAAGUCUCUAGAUUCUUGUGCCUUGCAAGACCCUGUUAGCAAGUUGGAAGGAAAAACACCAAAGGUUACACCACUGCCUCCAGUAGCAUCCCCUCCUCCCACUCCAAUUUCUUUGCCUAGCUCUUCACUGUCUACGCCAGCCACCAUGCCGUUGACGUCAACUGAUAGGGAUAUUCAUGUACAAGCUACAGGCAGGGCCCCUCCACCGCCCCCACCUCCACCUCCACCUCCACCUCCACCUCCUAUGUCAUCCGACAUCUACAAUACUUGUGCGGUUGUGCCUGCUACUCCACAACAACCACCUGUCUAUUCUUCUAUAAUUGGAAAACCUGUUAAAGAUGGCAUGGCAAUCCUCGCUACUCCAGCUUUGCCUCCUAAACAAGUUGCACAUCCACCUCCGCCUCCACCUCCACCUCCACCUCCACCUCCACCUCCAAUAUAUAGCGCCCCACCUCCUCCUCCACCUCCACCUCCACCUCCAAGGUAUGGCGCCCCGUCUCCUCCACCCCCACCUUCGGUGUACGGAGCUCCAUAUUCUCCACCUCCACCUCCACCUCCACCUCCGCCCCCACCUCCAAUGUAUGGUGGUCCACCGCCACCACCUCCGCCGAUACGGGGGCCACCGCCUCCACCACCUCCACCUGGAGGCCGUGCACCUAGACCGCCUCCACCACCUCCAUCAGGAGGCCGUGCACCUGGACCGCCUCCACCACCUCCACCUGGAGGCCGUGCUCCUGGACCGCCUCCACCACCUCCACCAGGAGGCCGUGCACCUGGACCGCCUCCACCACCUGGACCACCAAGACCUCCAGGUGUUGGCCCUCCACCACCUCCACCUGGAGGUCGUGCACCUGGACCUCCAAGCUUUGGCCCUCCUCCACCUAGGGGUCGAGGACUUGUGCGGCCUGCUGGAAUGGCUGCAGCACCUCGAAGAUCUAACUUAAAACCACUGCAUUGGAGCAAGGUUACGAGAGCAUUGCAAGGGAGCUUGUGGGAAGAAUUGCAAAGACCUGGAGAACCCCAGAGUGCACCAGAUUUUGAUGUGUCAGAACUUGAGUCACUAUUCUCUGCCAUAGUCCCAAAGAAAGAUAGUUCUAAAGGAGGAGGGCGGCGGAAGUCUACUGGUUCAAAACCUGAACAAGUCAACUUGAUUGAUCUGAGGAGGGCUAAUAACACGUUAAUCAUGCUCACGAAAGUGAAAAUGCCGCUUCCUGACAUGAUGGCUGCAGCUUUAGCUAUGGAUGAAUCAAUCUUAGACGCUGAUCAAGUAGAGAAUCUUAUCAAAUUCUGUCCUACUAAAGAAGAGAUGGAGCUUCUCAAGAAUUAUACAGGUGCCAAGGAGACCCUGGGCAAGUGUGAACAGUUCUUCCUGGAGCUCAUGAAGGUGCCACGAGUGGAAUCGAAGUUACGGGUUUUUUUGUUCAAAAUUCAAUUCAACACCCAGCUUUCAGAGUUUAAGAAGAGUUUGAACACUGUAAACUCUGCAUGUGAUGAGGUCCGGACCUCCGUUAAGUUGAAGGAAAUCAUGAAGAGAAUUUUGUAUUUGGGGAAUACAUUAAAUCAAGGAACUGCUAGAGGUUCUGCAGUUGGUUUCAAGUUGGACAGCCUUUUGAAACUCACUGAUACACGGGCUUCGAACAGCAAGAUGACUUUAAUGCAUUAUCUCUGCAAGGUUCUUGCCGCCAAGUCACCGGCCCUUUUAGAUUUUCAUGUGGAUCUUGUUAGCCUCGAGUCUGCAACUAAGAUACAAUUGAAGUCUUUAGCAGAAGAAAUGCAAGCCAUUAUUAAGGGACUGGAAAAGGUUAAGCAGGAACUAACUGCAUCUGCAAAUGAUGGCCCAGUAUCUGAAGUUUUCCACAAGACAUUGAAUGAGUUCAUUGGCUUUGCUGAAUCAGAAGUGUCGUCUGUAACAAAUUUGUAUUCUGUGGUGGGUAGAAAUGCUGAUGCAUUGGCGCUAUAUUUUGGUGAAGACCCUGCUCGUUGCCCUUUCGAACAAGUUACUCAGACACUUCUGAACUUUGUGAGGCUGUUCCGGAAAGCUCAUGAAGAGAACUAUAAACAGGCUGAACUAGAAAAGAAGAAAGCUCAGAAAGAGGUUGAAAUGGAGAAGGCAAAGGGUAUUAACUUAACAAAGAAAGUUGAGAAAUAAGCCACAAGACUCGGUUUAUUUAUUUAAACCUUGAAUCUGGAUCCGAUAGAAGGGUCAAUGCAAGCCACAGGCAGGCACAGGUGAAAGGUUGUUGAUUGAACAACGAUGGUUGUAUGAACUCAAAAGGGGAAAGGAAGCAAUCAGAAAGCCGAGUUCCUGGAAACAGCUCAGCUGUAAAUAGACAGAGCAAGAUGCUGUUUGAAGAUGGAGCUGAUCCAGAUGGUUGUUGAUAUCUGACCUUAAAUCGUAAAAGGUUUUGGCAUCGGAUUGCGGUUGGUUAGACUUUUGAAAUAAUGGUGUGAUGCCAUGUGAAGUUACUAGUAAUACUAAUGUAGAGUAGUCAUUAACCAUGUGCAUAUCUCUAACCCCAUACUAACAUAUUUGAUUAUUCUCAUUGUAUUAGUACAAGAAAUUGGUCAUUUUUGACCACAAAAUUUGUUGUAUAUAUAUGAAAAGUAGAUAGGUAGGUAUUAUAGGAUGAUAGUUGCAAGUUGUUUAAGGUUGUAACAAAAGAGAGGUAACAUUUUGCUGAUUUCAGAAUGAGGAAAUUGUUGGUUUUGC